GGCACACCCAAACCCCACAGAGAAACGGAAGGCAUUAGAGCACUGCCACUGCCACUCCACAGACACGACCGUAGCCGCACUUCUUGUUUUUUUGUUUGUUUUUUCGGUCUGUGAACUUUAUUCAGUGAACUUUGAGGUCUGUGAUGUCGCUGCGUUUGGCCCUGCUCCUGUGCCUGGCGACGGUUACGGUGCUGGCCCAGCCACACGCCCGCGCCAGUGAUCUCUACUACACGGACAUCACUCCGGUGACGGACGACAGCCGCUUCACCACCCUCAAUCCAACGGCUCAGCUCUCCGAGCUGGACAAGGUGAAGCACUCCAAGGGAAACAUUGUCUUCACCGCCGGUGAACGCAUCUCGGGCGAUCGCCUGGUGGUGAAUCACUACGAUGACGAGAGCUUCGCCACCGCCGUGGACAUUGAGGUGCUGAUGAGCUAUCCCGCAGGAUCGAGCACGGGCGUGACCCUCACCUGCAUUGAGAUAUACGUGGAUACGACGGCCAGCGAUGCCGGCGGCUAUCUGACCAGAGGUGGCAUUGGAGCGACCACAGCCGAGAUUCUGCUCGCCUCCAACCUGACGCGCAGCUUCGUCUACGAGACUUUCUUCUAUGGAUACUAGAGGGCGGGUCGCCCCUCAGGUCAGAACUUCCCUCAGAUCAGUAUAGACAGCAAGAAUAAAAGUUUCGCUUGGAAUCCAACUGUGAUCGUCCUGCCGCAGCCCCA